GUUUCAAAGAACAGAAGCUUUCACUCAACGAGUGUCAGUUAUUUGCAUGACAUUAGCAAAUCCAAUUAAGAUCAUAGAAUCAUAGUUGGAGCAAGUGCAUUCACUAUUUUUCAUCUCGUAAUAUAUAUCUAAGUUUAAAUCACACGUAAGGUAUCAUUCCUUAUGACAGUGACACUUCAUAUCCAUUACCUUAAAGUUUUAAAUUCUGAUUCUGCCAUUGAUAGUUAAUGUCAACUCUAGGUAAUUCUCCCCUUCCGAUCACCACUUCCCCUACCGCAACCGCUACCUCCGCCACCAACCGUCACCGCUUCUCUCUCUCAAAAUGGAAAGGUGCAAAACCAAUACCACUAGCAAUAUCAUUAGCGAUAGGCUUACUCUUCCGCUUCACGGUACCAAAACCCCACCAACUUUCCACUAUAGCGUCGCAACUUUUAGCCAUUUUCCUUACAACUAUCUGCGGCCUGAUCCUCAGCCCAUUGCCAGUGGGCGCGUGGGCUUUCCUUUCCCUCACGAUCGCGGUUAUAACAAAAACCAUAACAUUUGUCGCGACAUUUGCUGCAUUCACAAAUGAAGUUAUUUGGUUAAUUGUUGUAUCAUUUUUUUCCUCAAGAGGUUUUAUUAAGACUGGACUUGGUGAUAGAGUUGCUUUGUGUUUUGUGAGUUGGCUUGGGAAAGAUACAUUGGGUUUGUCUUAUGGUUUGGCUUUAAGUGAGGCUGCAAUUUCUUCUGCUAUUCCAAGUACAACUGCUAGAGCUGGUGGUAUUUUCUUGCCUAUUAUUAAAUCAUUGGCUGUCAGUGCUGAUAGUCACCCAAAGGAUCAUUCUUCUAGGAAACUUGGUGCUUAUCUUAUUCAAACUCAAUUGCAGGCUUCUAAUAGCUCAAGUGCCUUAUUCCUAACAGCUGCUGCAAAUAACUUAUUGUGUUUGAAAUUAGCUGAGGGGUUAGGAGUGAAAACAUCAAGUAAAUGGCUAACUUGGUUCAAGGUUUCAAGCAUACCAGCAAUUAUAUCUCUUUUAGCAAGUCCAACUAUUCUAUACAAGAUUUUCCCUCCAGAAAUGAAGAACACACCAGAUGCUCCAUUAAUGGCUAGAAGGAAACUGGAGCAGAUGGGUCCUAUCAAAAGUGAUCAGUGGGUUAUGAUGAUAGUCAUGCUUGUAACUGUUUCAUUAUGGAUUUCUGGAGAGGCUCUUGGGCUAGCAAGUGGUAUCACAGCAAUGCUAGGAUUGUCACUACUUUUGGCAUUUGGAAUACUUACUUGGGAUGAUUGCUUAAGUGAAAAAUCUGCAUGGGAUACAUUAGCUUGGUUUGGAGUUUUAAUAGGGAUGGCAACACAAUUAACUACUCUUGGAGUUGUUGCUUGGAUGUCAAAUGUUGUGGCUAAUUUCCUCAACUCUCUUUCACUACAUUGGUUUGGAGCAUUUUGUAUACUUCUAGGAACAUAUUACUUCAUUCACGACUUGUUUGCUAGUCAAACUGCUCAUGUUGCAGCUUUGUACCCUGCAUUUCUUGGAAUGUGUUUGGCAUCAAAAAUUCCAAAUCUUCUUGCUACAUUGUUAUUGGGAUACUUCAGUAAUCUUUUUGGUGCAUUGACACAUUAUAGCAGUGGUCAAGCUGCAGUAUAUUAUGGAGCUGGUUAUGUGGAACUACGUGAUGUCUUCAAAAUGGGCAUUACCAUAGCUCUUAUUAAUAUUGCCAUAUGGGGAUUAGUAGGGCUGGCUGGUGGAAGAUUCUUGGCCUUUACUAAGACUGAAAUAAGCAAGUGAAUGUUGUGUUGGAAAAAUAUGACAUAUUGACAAAGAACAAUAGAAGAACAGAAACAACUCAUUGAAUAAAAUAUUGUGUCGAGUCAAGCCACUGUCUUAAAAACGAUUUUACCCAAGCUUGGGUGUAAAUCGUUGAGAUCGGUCGCUCCUGAAGGUUACACGACACUCCCAAACACGUGCACUCUUGGUGAGAAAUUUGGAGUUUUGCAUAAAUACAAUUGCCCAAGAACUUAUUGAAGAACAAGAGAAAGAGAGGAAUGCAUGUGUUUUAUGUGUUAGUAUAGAAGAGAAAUCAUAAGUUGUAUAUACAAGUAAGGAGGCAACGGUUGGGUAGUAAUAGCCAAGAUCUGAAAUGACUGUAACGUUAAUUGUAUUUAUUGUUUAAAUUCAGGAAUAACAUAAUGACUGCUUUUAA